CGAUUCAAUUAAAUCUAAAUAGUAGUAGAGAGUAAUCAAAUAUUGUUGUAAGGAAAUUAUGAUAAGGUUUCCUAUUGCAGGUACAAAUCAAAAUUAUGAAGAAACAAAUGCAUUGAAGCAAAAUGUUAUCGUAGGUCAAGUUUGGCUACAUGAGCCUAAUACAAAUAUAGUACAAAUAACUGAAUUAGACUCUUACGACUCAGAUAUUGCAGACAAAGAGAGACAAAAUGUUUUCAACAAUGUGUGUAGUUAUGUUAACAAUGAUCGAUUCAAAGUUGAUUCUGAUUUUGAAGAAGAAAAAUGUAAAAUAAAUAAUAAAGCCAGAGAUAAAAGACGUUUAAGAAACAAAAUUUUUAAUAACGUUCCUAUGUCACCAACAGAUUCAGACACUGGGAUUCAUGUGACAGACUUUACACAUACAAGGAGAAACAUUAAAAAAGCAAAUCAACAAGUUAACUGUUUUACUAUAAUUAAUAAACAUUAUGUCAUUAAUAGUGAUUCUUCUACAGAUAGUGAAAUAUAUACUAAAGAUCAAAAGCACAACCUACCAGAACACUAUGAAUGUAGUAGUAAUAAAAAUACAUCUUUUGACGAAUCCCUUACAUAUGAACACAAUAUGGAUAGGGAUAAACAUACAAUAUUGAUAUAUUCUUUUAAAAACAAACAUUUAUUCUCAGAAAACAACUCAGAAACAAUGAAUAUUUCUAUUAAUGAGAGUAGCUCCACGUCAAAUUCCAUAGAAAAUAUUGGAAAUAACUUAAAAGAGAUACCUCUAGACUCUUCCAGAAUACCUACCCCAAUUCCUGGCACAUAUGUCCCUAGAUUAAACUUAUCGAUACCACCAUCAUUGCCAAAUGUUACAGAAGUUACUGAAUCGAAGUAUCCCUCAAACGAAACUAUAAAAUCUGAUUGGAAAAUAAGAAAGAAAUCAAUAAACAGCUGGUUUACAGACAUAUCGGCAUAUGCAAGGGAGAAAAUAAUUGAUAACGAAGAAAAUUCUGAAAAACUGAACAUAAUAAACUGGAUGGCUCUAUCACCAAGAGAAAAGAGACGAACGUCAAAAGCUUCUGUUCCACGAUCAAACCUUGCGCCAGUUAUCGAAUCUAAUUUCGAGUUUGUAACAAAUAAAAAAACAGAAAAUAUUAAUGGCAAUGAUGUGGAAUUUUCAAGAAAGCACGACAAUAUUUACACGGUUGAAAGAAUACCAGUAAAAAAUGAAAAUUUCAAGGUAUCUUUUGAAGAGAAAAAUGACACAGACGACAGAGGUGAUCAUGAUGAACACAAAUAUUUGCGUAAGCCACAAAUAAAAUGUACACCGAAAACUAUUAAAAAUUUUUCUGAAAUAACAGAACCCAUUGAAAAACUAGAUAGCAGUAAGUGGAUUAUCCACAAUCGAUUAACUUCGCAAGAUAAAAAUAUUGAUUGCAAUUUAGAUAAUAUUGACAUAAUAAACAACUCAGAAGCACAAAAUGAAAUAAGUGCUAGUUAUAGGCUAUGGAAUAAUAAUAUGUCCCUUUUAAAACCCGCCGAAUGGUCUGAAUAUUUCCCAAUGGUGGAUAGUGUACCUUCUAUAAAUUUAUCUUUCGACAUCGAUUCACUAGAAGAGCAGUCUUGUAUUAGCCGAUUAGUUAGAUGUUUUCAAUGCUGUAAAUGGUUAAAAAUAUGA